AACUUCACCAACACAGGCCUAAUUGCACAACCACCUCAUCCUCAUGUUGCUCUCCUUUUUACGUUUUCUUCCCUUCUUAAUUGCAAAUUCCCACAAUAGCAUAUUUCAGAUUUGCUUUCUUUUUAUGGUUCAAACCUUAUUUCCUCUAAUUUUCUCUUACAAUUAAUACUUGUAUUAAUCUUUACAUGCAAAGUGUAAAAUAUCCGAGAAGUGAAUGAUACGCUUUGCUUAACCAGAUGUUGUGGACGCAAAUGAGGCCAUAUGUUCAAGGAAAGCAGUCAAAUCAUGGACAAAUUGUACAAUGCAUCAUUUUCCUUCCUUUUUUUUUAGAAACCAAUUUCGCCAUUAUUACUCUUCCACUAAGGUUUACAGGAUUUAAUUUCGAGUGACUAAAGCUAGGGUUUAGUAUAAUUUAAUUAGAGAAUAAAUUUCAUACUGACAAUAUAAUCCCCAUUUUCAAUUUUCAGUCAAGACUUUAUCUUGAACUGCCCAAUUCUCUGUGCUAAAAGUCUUUUCCUUUUAAAGCCUUGACUUUGGUAGAGAUAAACAAAGGAAGGCAUGGAAAGGCUUCUAUACACGUCUUCUCCAACCCCUUUGGAAAUCUCUCGAAAGCCCUUUCUUUUUCUCUCUCGACUCCGCCGAUUCGACUCUUCUAGACUCAAUUUCCUUCCUUCACUCCCCCGACCAAAACUCAGGCGAGUCAUCUCAAUUUCAUGCACAACCGAUAACCCACCUCAGUUUUCUUAUCCUCAAUUCAAUGAAUUGCCUUCACUCGGUUCUCCCCGAGUCGACCCUGCAAAUGGGCCAACACAAAGUUCCAAUUUCCUCAAGCCUAUUGCAAUUGGAGCUUCUGCGCAAAGGAAGGCAAUCACAGGUGGGAUGUUUGUUGCUCUCUCUGUCAUUAUCAUGUUCUUAAUUCAACCAAUUUUUGCACCAGCAGCUUUUGCAACCUUUCAAACUGCUGCUAAAACCAGUGGAACUGCUGCUGCAGCAGUUGGGGGCAGAGUAAUCCGUGCUGAAUUACUAAGUAGUGCAUGGACUGGUUUCUUUUCUGGUUGCUUGCACACCCUGUCAGGCCCUGACCACCUUGCUGCUUUGGCACCAUUAUCAAUUGGCCGUACUCGAAUGGAAAGUGCUGUUGUUGGAGCUCUUUGGGGCUGUGGCCAUGAUGCGGGUCAGGUUGUCUUUGGAUUACUAUUUCUACUUCUAAAGGACCGCCUCCACAUUGAAGUUAUCCGGACUUGGGGUACAAGAGUAGUGGGCUUAACAUUGCUUGUUAUUGGGGCUAUGGGUAUAAGGGAAGCUUCAGAAGUUCCUGCCCCUUGUGUUGCCUUAGAAAAUGAUGAGUGUGAUGUUAGUGUUUAUGAGACACUUGAAAACCCAGCAGUUGGGAAGAAGAAGAUUGGUUUUGCUACUUUUGCCACAGGGAUCGUCCACGGGUUGCAGCCAGAUGCACUGAUGAUGGUUUUGCCAGCACUUGCUUUGCCAUCUCGCCUGGCUGGUGCUGCAUUCCUUAUUAUGUUCUUGCUUGGAACUGUUGUGGCAAUGGGAAGCUAUACUGUGUUUAUAGGCUCAUGCAGUCAAGCAUUAAAGGAUAGGGUGCCCAGAAUUACUGAAAAACUUACUUGGGCUUCUUCCCUUGUAGCAAUUGCUCUUGGUAUUGCCAUUCUAGUAAGCCAAAUUUUUGGAUAUAGUCUCUAUUGAUCCAUCUGACCCACCGGCAUCAAGAUAUGCAUGGAGCUUCUUUAGCAUUAGGGAAGAUGUUAGAAAGGCAAUUCAGAUUUGUUUAGAGCUAUAUUUCAUCUGCGCAUCAUCUUUAGCUUAUUUUGUUUACUUCACUAGUAAAAGUGUUCGAAAAAUUCUUUUAUCAUGGUUAGAAUCCCAUGUUUGUUAAAGCCAUAAGCGAGUUAUUUCUGCUUUAACUGUUUGAUGCAAGUUCAUGUCACGAUUUCAAGCAUGAUUAUUAGUCAGGCCAAUUUUCAAUAAAAACAUGAAAAUCUGGUUUGUUUCUGAUUAAAGAUGUUACAAUUUGCAAUUUGCAAUUUGCUUUUUUCCUUUUUCUUUUUUCUUUUUCUUUUCUGAGUUCUUAAUUUAGAAGCUUGCUUUUUCAUUUCCAUUUUAAACGAAAUAGAGAAUCAAGAAAAAAGCCAAAAAGUCCAAUAAGACUUGUCUGGUAGGAAGGACUGAAGGAGUGUAUGUAAUGGAAUUAGCUUUCCAAAUGAGUUAACAGUACACUGGGACACAGAGGGUAGGGUUGUGAAUCUGACAUAGUAUUCAAUCUCUCUCUUGUCACUGCCAAACCCAAAAAUAAUUGCCAUAAAUCAGACCAAUUUGAAUAAUCAAAUCAACCUUGCAUUCCAUAUGCUACCACUGCUGCCUAUUGAAAGGGUCUGGCAAUAA